AUGCUGCGCACCAAGCGUCUGGCUGAUGUGGGUUACCGCGUCUUCUCCGGGUCCAUGAUGCUGCUGACCCUGUACGGAGGCUACCUGUGCGCUAUGCGCGGAUACCGCUACCUGCAGAGACAGAAGCAGCUCCAACUGGCUGCACAGAAUCAGAACAUCGACCCUGAGAUCGUCAAAGACUGAUCACCUGUUCGUACCGGGACGGCUGGGUCUCGUCUCCAUGGUGACGAGAUCUCACCCGUUUCCAUGUAUGGACUUACUGUAAUUUUUAUUUGGAAAAAUGUUAUUUUUUCUUCUCAACUCAACUGAUUUUUCUGUUGUAAUAUAUUAAAUAGUGAAAAAAUGGGAAAUUUUUUUACCUGGUAAAUCAUUUCAUCGGUGUGUCUUUGCUUUUGUAGAAAGGAAAAAGCUUAUUCCAGACUCAGGAACGACUGAAUUGAGUACAAAUUCCAAACUAGUCAGCUUUAAUCCUUGUACACUUGUGCACGUUCAAGGUGUAUUGCAUAGACACAGCUUUUAAAUAACAUGGAAUUGUUGUCUACUUUACAUCUUUCACACUAGACCGAUCACAACACAUGAGGGGAGACGAACACGUCUAACAUCGCUGCCUCAGAAUCCGACAUAUCAAUAGUGCACUCUUUUGUAAUUAACUGACCUCAGAUGCAGAGCUUUGUACAGUACAAAAUCCUAAAACAUCGGGAAUUAAUAAAGCGUGCUUUAAAAUGUCGGCGUAAAUGAAAUUUAAAGGAUUUUCUUGGCAAAUUGUUAAAUGUAGCUGAUCAGCAGAGACAUGUUUGGUGUCCAACAUCUGCUUUUUUUUUCUUUUUUUUUUAAC